CUCUUCUCUUCUAUUCAACCAUGUCUUCUGUAUCCGAAAGCCUCUCCAAGCUCACCGUCAAGGAGCCCAUGAAGCAGGUCGUCCCCUCAAAGAGAAGCAACACAACUGAUGCCGAGGAGGAGAUCUUGAAGGAAAACCCUCGUCGCUUCUGUCUCUUCCCUAUCAAGUACCAUGAGAUCUGGCAAUUCUACAAGAAGGCAGAAGCCUCUUUCUGGACUGCUGAAGAAAUUGACCUUUCCAAGGACCAGAAUGACUGGGACAAUAAGAUGAAUGCCGAUGAGCGUUACUUCAUCUCUCGUGUACUCGCAUUCUUUGCCAGUUCCGAUGGUAUCGUUAACGAAAACUUGGUCCAAAACUUCUCCGAUGAAGUUAAAAUUGCCGAAGCAAAGUGUUUCUAUGGUUUCCAAAUCAUGAUCGAAAACAUUCAUGCUGAGACCUACAGUCUUUUGAUUGAUACUUACAUCAAGGACCCUGUCGAGAAGGAGCUUUUGUUCGACGCGAUGACACAAAUUCCCUGUAUUAAACGCAAGGCUGACUGGGCAUUCCGUUGGUUGUCCGCCGAUUGUCCCUUUGCUGAACGUCUUGUUGCCUUUGCUGCUGUCGAGGGAAUCUUUUUCUCUGGUGCCUUUGCUUCUAUCUUCUGGCUCAAGAAGCGUGGUCUCAUGCCCGGCCUCACCUUCAGCAAUGAAUUGAUUUGCCGUGAUGAGGGUCUCCACACUGACUUUGCCUGCCUUCUUUUCGGUCACAUCAAGAGACAGCCCUCUGCUGAUCGUGUUAAGGAGAUCAUCACUGAUGCCGUUGUUAUUGAGCAAGAAUUCCUCACAGAUGCUCUUCCCUGCAACCUCAUUGGCAUGAACUCCAAGCUGAUGUGCCAGUACAUUGAGUUCGUUGCUGACCGUCUCAUGGUCGCCCUUGGAUUCGACAAGAUCUACAACUCCACCAAUCCCUUUGACUUCAUGGACAUGAUUUCCCUUCAGGGCAAGACCAACUUCUUUGAGAAGCGUGUCUCUGAUUACCAGCGCGCCGGUGUCAUGAAUACUUCUAGCGAUGCCAAGGCCUUUACUCUUGAUGCUGACUUUUAAGAAUAAGAAGACAAAAGAAACCCGCCCACCCCCACACCCUCAUCCACAUCGUCUUUUCUAUACACACCUACACACCCUCCCACAUUCACACCAAAAAAAAUAAUCAUCCAUACAUCCUUUUUCCCUUUUCUCCCUUUAUGUAAAUAUAUCUAUACUUCAUUCAUUGCCAUUUCAAGAAUCAUUGAUUCAAGAAACCACCAAAAAAAAAUACUACUUCCCACCUCGAACUACAGACCCUUCAUAAAACAAAUAAUAAAAAUUCUUUGUUUUGUUCAUAUUAAU